AUACCACACCCCCUUUUUACUUUCUUCUUAAACAUUGUUUUCAUUUGUUUUUCUUUGUUUCCUCAUGAUCAGGCGAUAUUUUUUUCUGUUUUUGCUGUGGCUUUAAGGUUUUAAUUAACGUUUAAGUCUGUAAUUGAAGUUAUUCUUGAUGGUUUUGUUGUUCUUUUGUAUGGGUUAAUCUUUGUUAAUCAAUGUGUGAUCGUUCUCAAUUUCUGCUUAUUACAAUGGGGGAUUCAUUUCUGUGGCAGAGAUCAAUGUGUAAAUGAAUGAUUAAGUUUCAUUUUUUGGAAAAAUGGUAAAUGAAAUUAAUGAAAAGGAAAUUGGAGAAAUACUGAACUUGAUUAUGCUAUGUUAUCAUUUGCUAUUUGAUAACAUGAUCUUGGGUGGUGAUAUAUGGUUGCUGAGUUUCUUUUGAUUGCUAAAAUCAUUUGCAAUCUAUGAUUUUUAACUUUUAACGAAAUCAUAUUGCGCGGAAGGUUGUUGAAUUAAUGAUGCUGAUUUACGCUUAUUGUUGGUAGAGACUUAUUUGGUUGUCGUCUAUGUGAGUAGUUUUCGUAGUGAAUUAAAGAUUCAUCUCGUAGUUCUGAUAAUGGGCUUUGUUUGGUGAUCUUAUUUCUUAUGCAUUGUAAUGCCGUUUAUUAGAUUAUGCUUCCACCAGCAACUAGGUGUUAUAGGUGAUUCGUUUUCCAUUUAUUCAAUGUGCAAGACCAUGGAUACGUGAAUACAAGCUAAGUUGUGACAUCACUUUAGUAGUGAACUUAAACUCAUGGUGUCUUUAUUUUUAAAGAGACAAUUCAAGGUUUGAAUGUAGAGAUCUACUUAAUUAUCCAGGGUUUGGAGGCUUUAGUCAAGCUCGAACAGGAAAAUUUUAUGAAUCAAUGCGAUGGCGCAAUGUUUUUUUGUUGGAAAGAAUGCACCUGUAACCUGAAAUGAGAGUUUAAGAAGGAUAACGUCAUGUUGAUUCAUUUUUUUUCUCUUUGAUGGCCAUGUUGAUUGUUUGUGAUACCUUAUAAUUGUUGAUUGUCAUGAUUUUUGUGCUCGUGGUUAUGAAAUCUAAUACAGAUAAUUAACUAUUUUCUGAAUCGGAGCUGCAUUCUUUUUACCAGCCGGCCUUGACUCAUCAAUUUACACAAGAGACUCUUUUUGUGAAAUAUCUUUUAUCAAACUUCAGCAGAACACAUCUCUCAAAAUCAUAUGGGAAUGAUGUGUGAUCUAGAUCCUGAUGUUGUACGAUGGGGUCUUCACCACUUAGAUGUUUUCUCAUUAGCAAACAAUGGCUCUCUACCUGCUGUGACGUGCUAUGCGGAGGAAAAAUCAACGACUGAUACACUGAAGGAUGACUUUUGUACCAAAGCAGAAUCUGUAGUGGAGAACGAUAAGGCAAUCGCUCAAGCUCUUCAGGAAGAGUUAUCAAGACUUGAUGCUGCAGAGGAUCUAGGAUCUGUAUCUUCUCGAGAACAACAAAAUCAGAAAGAAUCGAUUGUCGCUCAGAAUUGGCUUGGACCUUUAGGAAGGCACUUCAGCUCUGAGUGGCAGGAGACCUUGCCGGAGAUUGAAAAUGAUUCUGUUAUCGAUGGUGAAAUGGGGAAAAGGCUGAAUCAAUUGAUUCCGAUUCCUCAUGUUCCUAAAAUCAAUGGUGAGAUACCCUCAGCGGAUGAAUCUACAUCAGACCAUCAAAGGCUUCUGGACAGAUUGCAGUUAUACGAGCUUGUUGAACUCAAAAUCUCUGGAGACGGCAACUGUCAGUUCCGUUCGUUGUCUGAUCAAAUAUAUCGGACGUCAGAGCAUCACAAAUUCGUGAGAGAACAAGUAGUCAACCAGCUGAAGCUAAGACCGGACUUGUAUGAAAAUUAUGUCCCGAUGGCUUAUGGUGAUUACAUAAAGAAAAUGAGCAAGAACGGGGAAUGGGGUGAUCACGUCACGUUGCAGGCUGCUGCAGAUUGGUUUGGCAUUAAAAUAUUUGUUGUUACAUCAUUCAAGGAUACAUGCUACAUCGAGAUCCUUCCACAAACUGAACAGAAGUCCAAUAGAACUAUAUUCUUGAGCUUCUGGGCCGAGGUUCACUAUAAUUCGAUAUAUCCAUUAGGAGAAUUGCCGGAGGUAGAGAGCAAGAAGAAGCGGCGAUGGUGGUGGUGAUAUUUGUGAGUAGAUGCAGCUCCUCCAUCUGGUAUAGUUGGGCAUAGCAAUUUUUGAUGGCACCAUUUGAUUCUCUAUUCUUUCAUUGUUACAUGGUGUAUAUAAUAUCAUCAUUGAAGUUCAUUUGAUCUGUUGUAGACCAUUUCCUCUAGCGAAUGAUCUCACAUGUAGUAUAAAGUAUUGUAGGUAGCCAUUUUACUGAGUUUCAUAUGUACAUUACUUAUUUUUAUAGGAGUAUUUUUUAAAUUCUUUCUUAUUUA